ACAAACAGAUAUACCUACAUUCGUUAAUGAUUCACGCUAUUUAAUCUCACGUGGCAGUGACAGUCGUUACAAUACGAGCGUCCUAUUUCAUACGCAUUAAUACAUGGUAUGAAUACACAUGUAAUAUGAUCUCACAGAUCCGAACCAAACAAAUAUACUAUUAAUACUAAAGCAGUACAUCACCUAUCCAGACAAAAGUAAUUCUGCUAACAUACAUUAAGAUAUUAAAUUACCUGGAUCGCCUUUGUUCAGUUACUAAUACACAAAUAUGAUAAAGGGCUAUAUUUGUAAAGACAACUUUAAACAAAUAUUAUCUUUUCAUAUCAGCCUAUUGUCCGAAUGCCUGCUAUAAGCUGUUGUGUUACACCAUGGUUACACGUAUUACACAUAUCCUGAUGCUAUACUAUGUCAGAUAUAUUAAAAGCAUUCAUAUCCUAAAAUAAAUAUAAAACCUUGAAUGAGUUGGUUGGUUAUCAAAUGUAUAGUUAAAAAAGACAGUCAUAAACUGCCAUGGCAGCAAAUUUUAACUUAAUCCAUCAAAACUCUGGUGAACCCACUGACAGAGUUGUGUUGAUCUUAAGAUGUUAUCUGUACAGCCCACACAAGGAGAAAAUCACUUCUACAUAACUUAUAAUGUGUGGGUGGUUGUGGUUUAACACAGUGACAUUCUGCAUUUCAAUGGCUGCUAUUUAUGUGAAGAGCUAUAGUUAAGCUAAUGUUUGAGCAACUGUUUGAAACAAAAACUGUAAACAACUAUAAAUAUAAGCCUUACUGAAUUUUAGUUUAACCAGUUUGUAUAGCAAAAAAAAACAGUUGAAUUUAAAACAAAAAUAAACUACAAGAACAGCAAUUAAAGGAAGAACAAAUAGGGUUAAAAAAACAAAUAAAAAAAACAAUUAAAUUCAAAGAAGAAGAAUUUAACUACAAGAACAGAAAUCAAACUACAACAAGAAUUGAAAGAACUAGUUAUAAUGAACUAAGAAAUGAUAACAAGUAAAGAUUUAAAACAGUUUCAGCUUUUUAAAUUUAAAUAUAAGAAAACAUAAACCCUACAGAUAGUGUAGCAAAGAAAGAACUGCUAUUGCAAAUAACAUGCUACUAAAAAUCUUAUUCUUUAUUAAAAACAAAUAAACAACGAAAAAUAUAAGUGAACAAAACAAUUUUUAAAGAAAAUCCACUGAACAGAGCUAAAACUUAAUUGCAGUUAUAGUAAAUGAAAUAAAUACAUGCAAGAGUUUGAAACACAAAAAAACUGAAUUGAAGAUAAGAUCCCAAAAUGAGAGCUACAAUUACUUUUGGAUUUCUUAUGAUUAUAUUUGGUACAUCUUGGGCAGAUUCAACUUAUUAUAACAUAACUUGCAAGACACUUGGAGUGGACAUCAAGACUUUCAAACAAAAUGUGAUUUGUCCGGCAAACUGUGUAAGGAGGUUUAACAGGGUGUUUGGGACCAACCAUUAUACUGGGUAUUCAGAAGUUUGUGCUGCAGCUGUACAUGAUGGGAGAAUUACAAACGCAGGCGGCAAAGUGACAGUAUAUACAAGGGUUGGCCAACAUAGAUUUAAAGGAAGUAUAAGACACGGUGUUCAUAGCGUUAGGGAUGACCACUACUACUGGGUGUUCUUCCAAUUUCAAGAGGUUAGCGCAUGUAAGCUCCUUGAUAUGCAAGAAUCAGCAAAAGUUUACACUGUGGAUUGCCCCAAGCAUUGCACAGAUAAGGUAAUGAUAUUUGGGUCAGGGAUAUACCACACUAGGUCGGGAAUCUGCAAUGCAGCGUUAUUCGAUGGAGUUAUUAAGAAAGGCAGAGGGGGUAGAGUCACCGUGUAUAAAGUACGUAAUGUUAAUAUAAAUAAGUGGGACGAACGAUGGAAGACCCAGAAUGGCGUGAAUUCUUUUAGAAGAGAUUUUACCGAACAUGGAUUCCUAUUUAACGCACCAGCCAUCCCAUGCUCAAUGAAUGGGACAAGUAUCGAGGAAAAAGAUUGGUUUGUUGGUUUCUGCCCACCAAGGUGUGACCAAGCUAACUACCAAGUCAAAGGGAAUAAUAUUUAUUCUGAAGAUUCGAACAUUUGCGCGGCUGCAGUUCAUGAUGGACAGAUUAACGCUGACACUGGUGGAUUAAUAAGUGGAUAUCGAACAUCGGGCUUAACUUCCUACGUUGGGAAUUAUAAACAUGGAAUAACAAGUACAACACAUGGGGUGUCCGGGGCUUCCUUUACAUUUCAAGUUUCUUGCAGCACAACUGCAGAGAAGUUUACAGCAGACAUUGUAAUGCUGAUCUGUCCAUCUUAUUCUGAGUGUCGAGAUACACCUGAAGAUACGAGACGUAUAUAUGGGACAUAUGUGUAUGCAGAUGUAUCAAGUAUAUGUAUGGCUGCCACCAUGGAUCAGACAAUAAGAUUUGAACUAAGCCUACCAACCUAUGUGAAGAAAAGCAAAGGCAUGUUGUCGUAUUAUGGGACAUACAGUAAAGCUACUGAUAUUCAAAGUCAUUCAUACAACUCCACACAGAACUCAUUUAUAUUUAUGAGUCUUAUAUCAACCCGUGAUACGGAAAGAAAAGCAAAACACAAGUCGUGUCUUCUACAAGGCAGUGACUUUACAGAGGAAAGAUUUGACGUUGAAUGUUCAGGGUAUUGUUACUUAUCCACUGAUUCUGUGUGGGGAAGUGGGGUUUAUACGGACAACUCAUAUAUAUGUAAAGCUGCACUGAUAGACGGGAAGUUACUAAAGAAUCAGUUUCAAACAGUCCAUGUUGAAAUAGUGGAAGGACAACCCUCAUACAACGCCUCACAAAAUGGUGAUCCUCACACAUGGAGCAGAAAUCAUGGACCGUGGCAUCGGUCGUUCAGGUUCACUGAUGAAUAAUAAUAUGUAUUAUGACAUCAUCAUGUUCAAUAUGACAUCAUUAUAAUCAAUAUAACAUCAUUAUGUUACUAUUAUGGUGGCAGUAAUAUACAUUAACAGUUUUAUAAACAUAUAGUAGAGUGGGGGAAGAUGGGACACCUUUACACUUAAUAUCCAAAUAUCCUGAUCGUGUUUUAAACAAUAAACAACUGUGUAUGGAAGUCGUGAGGAUACAGUUUUAUAUUUCUUUGAAUGUACUUUGUUUACUACCAAAGGGGAUGAAAAAAUAGAAUAAAAAGGUGUCCCAUCUUCCCCCACCCUACUAUACAGUAUUAUGUUAUACAUGUGGUGGCAGUAUUAUACAUGGGAGUUUUAUAAACAUACAGUAUUAUGUGUAGCCAAUAUAUUGUAUGAUACUAUUACACUUGUUUUCGAAAACAACUGUUCUGAAAUAAAUCAUAAUUAUGGUAAAGUG